CCCACCCGUUCCGCCUGAGGAAGCUCUUGGCCGCAAGCCACCAGGCUUCCAGGCAAGGCUGGAGCUUCUCGGCUUGCUGAGGGUGCAAAUCUUGCUUCCUCUCGAACAAGGCUCUUGCCACCCCUGGCCUGAUGGGAACGGUGGGCGGGAGGCUGUGGGUCCUUGCCUGCUCCAACCCAGGGCCCUGGAGAGCCCCAGGGCCUUGGAGAGCCCCAGGGCCAGGAGGCAUGGACAAAGAAAGAUGGGGUGGGCUGAAGAUGGAGUCUCAGGCCUGCCCCGCUGUGUGUUGAUGGAGAGGAACCCCACCCCGAGGUUGGGGGGGGGGAGUCACGAUGCACCCCGACCUCAGCUGACUCUGGACAUGGGGGGUCCGCCAGCGCCCGUGGAGCGCCAUACUUUGUACCGGAUGUGCUUGUUUUGACAACCCGCUUCAUCCUUAAGGAUUAAGGCAGGGAUCAGGGAAGGGCGGGGGUGGGGUGGGGGGUGGCGUCCUGGCCAGACCUGGAGGGAAGGGCAAGGAUUGAAGUGGAGGGAAGCAGGCCAGAGGUCCCCACAGGAAUGUUUGGGGGCAAGUUGAGAGGGGAGGUCUAAGCCCGCCCGCUCCCCAUUUCCAAUAUGCAGGCAAUGGGCCGUGGGAGGGGGCAGUGGGGAGGACCACCUGGAUGGGGGCUGGGACGGGUUACUCUGGGCAUCGCUGGGCACCUGUGGGCACUUCGUGUGUCUGUGCUAAUAUACAGUUCUGGUUGUGAAGGGGUGAGGCUGUGUGAGUCUGGGUGUUGAGGAGGUAGGACUGUGUCUCUCAGAGUGUUGGUGGUUUGUGACUGUGUUGAGGGAAUGGGGUGUGAUGACUGUCUUCGUGUUCCAGGGUGUUUGUGGAUGUCACUGGCAGGGCUUCUGUGUGGAGUGUGGCCGUGUGACAGCAUGUGUGCCUCUGGGUGUUGCUGUUGCUAGGGUCGGGGGGUGACCGGCUAGAUCUCGGGGUGUCCAGGGGGUGCCACUCCUUGUGUCUUGGGUGUAUGUGGUGUGUACCUGUGGGGCCUGUCUUGGACUGUUAGGGGGGGUCUCUGGGUGAUGUUGGGGUGUGGCUGGGGGCUGUGUCAGUGGUAACAGUUGUGUGCACCGCUCAAGGUGCUGAGUGAGACUACAUUUGCCAGCACUAAGGGGUGUGAUGGUCUCUCUCACAGGGGGCUCUAUUUCAGGGUGUUAGCGUCAGUAACUGUGGGCCCAUCUCUGGUGCUAGAGGUGAGACUGUCUCAGUGUGACGAUGGCUGAGCCCAAGGCACGUGGCUGCUGCUGAGCUGGGAACAGGCCAUGACGGUGGGGCGUCUCAGGGCGUUAAGGGAUAUGAUUGUGUAUCUUCAGGUGUGUGACCGUGUGUGUGCCCCUCAGGGAUGCGAUCCUUCUUCUCAGGGCAGGAGGUGAGGAUGCAGCUGAGUGCCCACAGGUGUGGCUGUCUGUGGCUUGGGACGUGUGUGUGCUCAUCACAUCCUAAAGCAGGAUCUAGGAGACAGUCCCCUGGUCACCGAUCUUCCCGGUUCCCCUGCCCCCCUUCAGCCUCCUCCCUCUUCCCUCCCAGAGUUUGACUCGCUGCCCUUGCCUAGGCUUUAAGCCCCUGUGUAAAUAAUGGGCGGAUCUCCUGGUCAGGCUGGGCAUGACCCAAGCUGGUCCACCCAGGGCACUGCCCACCGCCACCCACCCAACAUGCAUGAAGGUUCUGGCAGGGCAAGGGGGUGCUGCUGUCCCCACGCAGGGCUAGCCCUCCAACCUUGCGGCCCCGGUGGGGGUAGUAGCACCACUAAGCCACCCCGGCCUGCCCUGGGCGACACUCAGGUUUUCCACUGUUUAGAUUUUAUCCGCUUUAUUAAUGAGGUAGGCGAGAGGCCCACGCCUGGGAGGGAAUGGGGCUGCUCCCGCCCCACCAGUGGGAGCGGGUCACGGGGGCCAGGCCAACUUCCCAGAGCCCCCCUUACUCAGGGGAGCUGGGGCCUGGAGCGGCCCAUGACCAUUGCCAGGAGUACAAAAAGGGGGUGUCUGUCACCCCAGGCCCCCUGAAGGCGUGCGCUGGGUGGAACGGCCCCUGGAGGCUGGAGCGGGCAGCGGGAGGAGGCUGGGAGCGAGGAGCCGCCCGGGGAGGGAGGGAGGGAGGGAGGGAGCGGCCUGUCGGAGAGCUCGGGCGCAGCAGGCUAGGGCGCAGCAGGGCAGCCGGUGCAGCGGGGCAGCAGGGACCAAGCGGCAGGCGAUGGGGACCCUGCGUCCCAGGCAGCUCCGGGUAAGAAGGCUGGGGCACGAGGAUCUCCAGUGGGGGAGGAAGGCAUGAAAGGAUGGGGCCGUGGCUCCCCCAGCCUGUCCUUCCUGUGUUCCUUGAUUCUCAGCCCAUCUCUCUGUCCCUGUUGAUCUUACUGUCUGUCCAGCCUCCCUUCCCAUAUGACCUAGCAGGCAGUUCUGACCUCUCAGCCCUCACCAGGGGCUAUCAAGGAGUGGGUGGUGACGGGUUAGCCUUGAGGCCUCUGGGGCAGGGACAUGAAGCUGGCAGGAGCGGAACUGUGGGCAUCCAGGGUGAGGCAGCAGUGGGCAGAGGUAGGGCCUGGGUGAGAGACAGAGAUGGGAGUGUGGGAGACAAGGAUGGGGCUCUGGGGAUAGGGACGGGGCUGUGUGGACAGAGAUGUGGCCAAGGGGACAGGGAUGGGUUUAUGGGAACAGGGAUGUGGCCCUGGGGAAAGAGACAGUGUGGCGGGGAGAGAUGUGCCCAAGGUGGCAGAGGUGGGGUUGUGAGCAUCUAGGAUGGGACUGGAGUAAAGGUGACAUAGUGAUGGUCAAAGAUGGGGCAGUGGGGUCAGAUGGUGCCCUGGGAUUAGAAAUGGGUCAGUGGGGGGCUUCCCUGGUGGCGCAGUGGUUGGGAGUCCGCCUGCCGAUGCAGGGGACACGGGUUCGUGCCCCAGUCCAGGAGGAUCCCGUGUGCCGCGGAGCGGCUGGGCGCGUGAGACAUGGCCUCUGGGCCUGCGUGUCCGGAGCCUGUGCUCCGCAACGGGAGAGGCCAUAACAGUGAGAGGCCCGCGUACCGCAAAAAAAAAAAAAAAAAGAAAGAAAGGAAGAAAGAAAUCGGUCAGUGGGUAUCAGAUGGGGCCGGGGGCCAGGAAUUGGCUGUCAAAAUGGGAGGUGGGUGUCAGAAGUGGGUGGGUAAAGCCCAGAGGUGGGGUCAGAGACAGGUUAGGCUGAAGCCAGGUGACCCUGGUGGACAGGGCAAUGAGGGGAGACUGAAGCCUGGAGCAAGAGAUGGGCUGGUAAGAGGAAGAGGACAAAUGGAUCAGGAAUGGGGCAGCCAGAGUCAUUUGGAGUUGCCAUGUACAGAGGGUCCAUAGAAGAACUCCAUGGAGGGUGAGAUGGGUCCUGAUGAUCUGAGAUGGGACCACCAGCUGGUCCCAGGCCAAUGGUGGAACCUCACCUUCCCCUCCUCUCCUCUCCCCAGCCCCACCCCCGGCACCUGACAUGAGCCCUUACGGGCCCCUCAACCUGAGCCUGGCGGGUGAGGCGACCACGUGUACAGCACCUGGGGCCUCCAACGCCUCCGCCGGACCGCUGUCGGACCUGGCGGGCGCGUCGCCCGCGCUGCCCAUCUUCUCCAUGACGCUGGGCGCCGUGUCCAACGUGCUGGCGCUGGCACUGCUGGCGCAGGUCGCGGGCCGUCUGCGGCGCCGCCGCUCGGCAGCCACCUUCCUGCUGUUCGUCGCCAGCCUGCUGGCCACCGACCUGGUGGGCCACGUGAUCCCGGGUGCGCUGGUGCUGCACCUGUACGCGGCGGGGCGCUCGCCGGCCGGCGGCGCCUGCCACUUCCUGGGCGGAUGCAUGGUCUUUUUCGGCCUGUUGCCGCUGUUGCUGGGCUGCGGCAUGGCCGUGGAGCGCUGCGUGGGCGUCACGCGGCCGCUGCUGCACGCAGCCGGCGUCUCGGUGGCCCGAGCGCGGUUGGCUUUGGCCGCGCUGGCCGCCGUGGCCUUGGCCGUGGCGCUGCUGCCAUUGGCGCGCGUGGGCCGCUACGAGCUGCAGUACCCGGGUACGUGGUGCUUCAUCGGUCUGGGCCCGGCGGGAGGCUGGCGCCAGUCGUUGCUCGCCGGCCUUUUCGCCGGCCUCGGCUUGGCCUCGCUGCUCGCCGCGCUCGUGUGCAACACACUCAGCGGCCUUGCCCUGCUGCGCGCCCGCUGGUGCCGCCGCUCUCGACGGCACUUCCCGGCUGGAGGCUCCGACAGCCGCCGUCACUGGGGAGGGCGCGGACCCCGCCCGGCCUCCGCCUCGUCCGCCUCGUCCGCCUCGUCCGUCGCUUCGGCCUCCGCCGCCCCCGGCGGCUCCCUGGGCCGCGGCUCAGCGCGGCGAGCCCGUGCCCACGAUGUGGAGAUGGUGGGCCAGCUCGUAGGCAUCAUGGUGGUGUCGUGCAUCUGCUGGAGCCCCCUGCUGGUGUUGGUCGUGCUGGCCAUCGCGGGCUGGGGCUCCAGCUCCCUGCAGCAGCCACUGUUUUUGGCCGUGCGCCUCGCCUCGUGGAACCAGAUUCUGGACCCCUGGGUGUACAUCUUGCUGCGCCGGGCUGUGCUUCGCCAACUGCUUUGCCUCCUGCCUUCAAGGGCAGGUGCCAAGGGCAGCCCCAGGGAGCUGGGCCUAAUGAGGAGCGCUUGGGAGGCGAACUCGCUGCGCAGCUCCCGGCACAGUGGCCUCAGUCACUUCUAGGCGCGCCCGGAGGCUAAGCCAGACCACCUGGGGCCGGCCUCUGCUCCGCAGCUCGGAGACUUCGGGGAAUAAACGCUUUCUGCGGACAAGCCCGGGGCGGUGCGUCCCGUCGGGGCUGCAGCAUCCUCGCGGCCGCGCCGGAGCGGCAGAGGUGCUGUGUACGCCUCCGGGGUGUGCAGUUCCGGGACUAGCCACGCGGCGGCGUAGAGACGCAGAGCCGGAGUCGCAGGAGCACGCGCACAACGCCGUGGCCGCAGUCUUGGGGCGGAGGCUCGGCUGGGAGCAGAGUGGGAGGGUUGGGGGCCGCUUUUCGCCCCUGCUGCCGUCAUGAGUGGCUCCCGCAACCAUUCGCUCAUUGUGGCCCUGAGCUCCCCCACACAACCCCAAGUCCCUACCCCCCAAACCACGCCCAUCACUGGCCUCUAACCUCGGAAGUUCCUCAACACAGCUCCGAGCCCCCCUCCCAUGGCGGCCUGCCCAUGCUCCCCACCACAGUAACAGCCCCGAGUCUCCACCAUCCCUUGGCCCCUUCAAACGAUCCCCCACCACAAUCCAGGGCCUCUCCCCAUCACUCCCUACGCCACCGGCCAUCCAUCACAUCCCCUCCCAACUCUCCCCACCUCCAAGCACGCCCCCCACCCCCAUUACUGCACAAGAACGGACGGAGAUGCAUGGAUAGAGCAAAUCCCAAAGGCCUUUUUAAAAACUGACAGCUCGGUGGGGGCAGAAGUGGGGGAGGGGGCUAGCAGCCCCCGGCCACAAAGUCGAAGUCCCGGAAGGCUGCCUGCUCUGUGGCCGUGAGGGGCCGAGCGUCGCGGGGUGGGCUCAGCGUGGGGGCCUCCCCUGUGAAUUCCUCGUCGAAGUUGCUGACAUCAGUGCGGCCCGCCAGCGUGGGUACGAAAGGCGGCGGCAGGCGCCGGGCCAGCAGGGCAUCCCAACCCAGUGUCUGCAGGGCAGAGAGGGGAGAGGUCAGCAGGGGAGGCUCAGAGCAGAGCGCGGGAAGGCUUUGCUCCUUGCACCCUGUCUGGCCUUGGAUCUGUGGGGAUCAACACAGGCAGUCACAAGAUGGAGGGAGGGAAAGUGGCGGGCCUGGGGGCUCAGGAAGGAUCACCGUAUGAGUGGGGGGAGGGGCCUGGGCUCAUACACAGGGCAGUGCUCCCCCCCCACCCCCCCGCAGGCCAGCCUGGAGUGGAUGUGGGUGUAGGAGGGCCAGUGAGGGUAAGGGAGGGGGAAGGAAAGGCAGGCAGGUGUCAAGGGGAGGUGACAGUGUUGGAGGUGAAGCCACUAGGUCUUGGGUGGGGGGGAUGACUGGGUCCUGGUAGUGGGGGACUUCACCCUGAAGAAAGGCUGUUUUUUCACAUCCUCUGCGUCCCUCUCGCUGGAUCCCAGCCUGCGCUCUGGAUUCCUCCGCAGCAGCUGGGGGGAGGGAGUUCUGUGUCAGUGUUCCUCUUCCUAGUCCCAGAGCCACUCCCCUGGCCCACCCGAAGUUGGGGGGGUCCUCACCCUGCGCAUGAUGCCAAUGGCUUCAGCUGACAGGAAGCGGGGGUAGCGAACCUCAUCGUUGACGAUGCUGUCGAAUACCUCCUCCUCGUCGUCCCCUGGGAACGGGGACUGGGGACAGGAAGAGCCAGGGUGAAUUAGGCCCCUCUGGCCACACCACACCCAGCUCCACCCUGGGCUCCCGUUGCACUUUCACAAGGCUCACUUGGGAGGGUAAGUACCCCAAUUUACAGAUGCAGAAACCGAGGCUAGGGAGGCAAAGCCACCUGGCCUCAAUCAGACAGCACAUAGUGGAGGCCAAUUCUGACCCCCCUUUCCCCCACCGGGCAUAUCCAGGUUACCAGGGACAGGCAGGGCGGAGCGGCCUGGGGCCUCACCUCACCGACCAGCAUCUCAUACAGCAGCACGCCCAGCCCCCACCAGUCCACCGCCCGAGUGUACGAUGUGUCUGUCAGCACCUCAGGUGCCAGGAACUCCGGGGUCCCGCAGAAAGUGCUGGUCCGGUCCCCAUAGCCCAUCCCUGGGGGCAGCAGGGCCAUGUGAGGUUAUGGGGGUGGUCACAGCUCUAGCCCAGCCCAGCAUGGGGUGGUCCAGACAGCCAGCCCCAUCCCAGGACCAGGGUAGGGGAUAACCCAGGUAAGGCUGGGGACUCCACUCCCUCCCCUCUCUGUCUAAACCCCAGAGGCCAGCCCCUCAGAUCCCAGUCCCCCCACCGCUCAUCACCCUCCUUGCAGAGGCCAAAGUCUGCAAUCUUGACAUAGCCCUCGGUGUCCAGGAGCAAAUUGUCCAACUUCAGGUCCCUGUGGGGGAGGGGACGGGAGGAUGUAAAGAGGGAUGAGUGGGAAUCUGGGUCCUGCCUGAAGCCUCAGCGUCCCCCAGUGGGCAGAGCAUGCAUGCACGGGCAUAUGCGCGCGCGCACACACAUACACACCUGUAGACGAUCUUGUGUUCGUGGAGAAACUGCAGCCCCAGCACCACACAGGCCGAAUAAAAGCUGCAGAGAGAGGCCGGUGUGAGGGAGCUGGGCUUCCAGGAAAGGCAGAGGGUCACAUAAGGCUCCCACAUCCUCAAAAGCCCCCCAUUACCCCAUAACUCCAGGAGCUGGGGGGAGGCAGGGCCUGUGGGUGGAGGUGUGGGGUGGGGGACUAGGCUCACACGGCACGGGGCUCCGAGAACACAUCACUGUGGAUGUGCAACAUCAGGUCCCCGCCGGCCGAGUACUCCAUCACGAAGCACACGUGCUCUGGUGUCUGGAAACAGCCAAACAGGUUCACCAGAAAGGGGUGUCCCGCGCUGGUCACAGCCGCCAAGAUCCGCUUCUCACACAUCAGGCUGGGCGGGAUGGGGGUGGGGCAGGGGUCAAAGACCACAGCAGCUCCCUACCACCGACUCGCCCACCCCCUAGAGUCCUCAAUCAUCAGCUGUUUGUCAAGGGCCUUGCAUGGCUGUGCACACUUGGGCAAGUUGCUUCAUGCUUCUGAACGUGCUAACCAGGCACCCAGAAUCCAUCCAUUGUCCUAGUAACAGUCCUAGUAACUUCCCUCUGGGAAACCACCAGAGGGACUGUUCUUUCCCUUUGGAGCACCCCAUCUCCCUGGCCAGGAAUUGGCCCACAAAAGGGCAAGCCAGGCCAAUGGGGCUCAAUCUCAGGGUUUCUGCUGGAAUUAUUAAGGAAGAAGAGCUAAAGUCUGCAGAUGAGCCUUAAACUGCUAGGGUGGGGGGCAUCUCUGUCCCUGUGAGGGGACUGCAAGCAAAGCCCACACGGACAAAAGCAGAAGGGAGAGAUAUCAACUGAACACCUGUGUACAACCAUGCCUGGAGGUAGGCCACCCCUGGACUUUUCUGAUGCAGAGCAAUGAAUUCCUGUAUUUGCUUAAGCCUAAAUUGGGUUCCUGGUUAAUAAAAGGAUGUCAAGAA